GAGAGAGAGAGUGAGAAGAGACAGAAAGAGAAUCCAUUGGUUUAGAAGGUUUGGACUGACUUGACAGGUUCAGUUGGAGCCGAUCAUAGGUGGCCGCUGUGACAAAGGGAAAUUGUGCUUUUCCAGCAUGCUUACUGACCCUGAUUUACCUCAGGAGUUUGAAAGGAUGUCUUCCAAGCGACCAGCCUCUCCGUAUGGGGAGACAGAUGGAGAGGUAGCCAUGGUGACAAGCAGACAGAAAGUGGAAGAGGAGGAGAGUGAGAGGCUCCCAGCCUUUCACCUUCCCUUACAUGUGAGUUUUCCCAACAAGCCUCACUCUGAGGAAUUUCAGCCAGUUUCUCUGCUGACGCAAGAGGCUUGUGGUCCUAGGACCCCCGCUGCUCAGCACAGUACAAUGGAAGUCGAUGGCAAUAAAGUUAUGUCUUCAUUAGCUCCGUACAACUCAUCUACCUCACCUCAGAAGGCGGAAGAAGGUGGGCGACAGAGUGGGGAGUCGGUGUCGAGCGCAGCCCUGGGGACUCCCGAGCGGCGCAAGGGCAGCUUAGCGGAUGUGGUCGACACCUUGAAGCAGAGGAAGAUGGAGGAGCUGAUCAAGAACGAGCCGGAAGACACUCCCAGCAUUGAAAAGCUCCUCUCCAAGGACUGGAAAGACAAGCUCCUGGCAAUGGGAUCAGGGAACUUUGGAGAAAUCAAAGGGACUCCUGAGAGCCUCGCUGAGAAGGAGCGGCAGCUCAUGGGUAUGAUCAAUCAGCUGACCAGUCUACGGGAGCAACUCCUGGCUGCCCAUGAUGAGCAGAAGAAGUUGGCUGCGUCUCAGAUAGAGAAACAGCGCCAGCAGAUGGAGUUGGCCAAGCAGCAGCAGGAGCAGAUCGCAAGGCAACAGCAGCAGCUUCUGCAGCAACAACACAAAAUCAACUUGCUCCAGCAACAGAUCCAGGUUCAAGGUCAGCUGCCGCCAUUGAUGAUUCCCGUGUUCCCUCCCGACCAGCGGACCCUCGCAGCAGCUGCCCAACAAGGAUUCCUCCUUCCUCCUGGUUUCAGCUACAAGGCUGGGUGCAGUGACCCUUACCCCGUUCAGCUGAUCCCAACCACCAUGGCAGCUGCCGCUGCAGCGACACCAGGCUUAGGCCCACUCCAGCUGCAGCAGUUCUAUGCUGCCCAGCUAGCUGCAAUGCAGGUUUCUCCAGGAGGGAAGCUCCUAGGCCUACCCCAAGGCAACCUUGGUGCUGCCGUGUCUCCUACCAGCAUUCACACAGACAAGAGCACAAACAGCCCACCACCCAAAAGCAAGGAUGAAGUGGCCCAGCCACUGAACCUAUCAGCUAAGCCCAAGACCUCUGACGGCAAAUCACCUGCGUCACCCACCUCUCCUCACAUGCCAGCUCUGAGAAUUAACAGUGGAGCGGGUCCCCUCAAAGCCUCUGUCCCAGCAGCGUUAGCUAGUCCUUCAGCGAGAGUUAGCACAAUAGGUUAUUUAAAUGACCACGAUGCUGUCACCAAGGCAAUCCAAGAAGCCCGCCAGAUGAAGGAACAGCUGAGGCGGGAGCAGCAAGCGCUGGAUGGGAAGGUGGCCGUAGUGAACAGCAUAGGUAUCAGCAACUGCCGGACAGAAAAGGAAAAAACAACACUGGAGAGCCUGACUCAGCAGUUGGCAGUUAAACAGAAUGAAGAAGGGAAAUUUAGCCAUGGAAUGAUGGAUUUCAACAUGAGUGGGGAUUCUGACGGAAGCGCUGGAGUCUCAGAGUCGAGAAUUUACAGGGAAUCCAGGGGACGCGGUAGCAAUGAGCCGCACAUAAAGCGUCCAAUGAAUGCCUUCAUGGUGUGGGCGAAAGAUGAACGGAGGAAAAUCCUUCAGGCCUUUCCCGACAUGCACAAUUCCAACAUCAGCAAGAUACUGGGAUCUCGUUGGAAAGCUAUGACCAACCUAGAGAAACAGCCAUACUAUGAGGAGCAGGCCCGGCUCAGCAAACAGCACCUGGAGAAGUACCCAGACUACAAGUACAAACCCAGGCCGAAGCGCACUUGUCUGGUAGAUGGGAAGAAACUGCGCAUUGGAGAGUACAAGGCCAUCAUGCGGAAUCGGAGGCAGGAAAUGCGACAGUACUUCAACGUUGGGCAACAAGCACAGAUCCCCAUCGCUACGGCCGGUGUCGUGUACCCCGGUGCCAUCGCCAUGGCAGGAAUGCCGUCCCCUCACCUGCCCUCAGAGCACUCGAGCGUGUCCAGCAGCCCAGAGCCCGGGAUGCCCGUGAUUCAGAGCACUUACGGCGUGAAGGGAGAGGAGCCUCACAUCAAGGAAGAAAUCCAGGCUGAGGACAUCAACGGAGAGAUUUAUGAGGAGUACGAGGAGGAGGAGGAGGACCCCGACGUCGACUAUGGGAGUGACAGCGAAAACCAUAUUGCAGGACAAGCCAACUGAUCAGGGCCAACGGACCGCGGUGAGCUGAGGACUUGAAGAAGCCCUAGCUGGUUCAUCCUUAGUAGUGGCCAAGCACAUUAACUCUCUCAUACACUGACUGUUAUUUUAACUGUUAGUCUUAAAUAGUUGGGAUAUCAGCUGACAAAUAGACCUCAGCCUCAAAAGGCUCGGAAAGGAAAGAAAGAAAAAUAAAAAAAAAAAAACAAACAAACAAAAACUACAAGCAAACGUCAUUGACAACAAGAGAUCGAAAUAAGCUAUGGGUAACCAAUGCCAGUAAAUCAGCUGCUACACCCCAGCACUGAAGUCUCACCCAUCAACUUUUUUUUUUUUAAAUAAACUUUAUGGCUGUUUGUUCUAUAUUAGAAAAUCCUCACUCAGGUACACAGUGCCAACAAGUGGCUUGUGAAUGUGUUAUGUUGUUCUGUGCGACAAUUUUUAAAAAGAAAUAAGUUUUGUUCUUCUGUUCUGUUCUGGGGGGGUGGUUCUGGGUUUUCCUUUUUCUUUUUUUGUUAAUUUUUCUUUGCUUUUUGAUUGUUAUCUUGCACCCGACAGACCGGGGGAAGACUGCCGUCAGUCCCUGCCCCCUGCCCCGCCCUCUCGAUCGGUCUGCUUUCAGGAUGGAGGCAUGUGUGAGGGUGGGGCCGGGGGUGGGGAGGGAGAGGAAAACAAGAGCCUACGUCUGCCUUCAUUGCUUCUACCCGACAGAGUCAGCAACUGUUUUCCUUAGAGACCCCCUAACCCUUGCACACGACACUACGUCUUUGAGCAAGUGCCAAAUUUGUACCGAAGCGAUCACCAACUUCAUUUGCUUAUCCUUCCUUUCUCCUUGUUCUUCUUCCGUUAGGACAGUGUUAAACCUUAGACAGUCCCUGGAAAGAGCUGACACACCAGCAACUGAUGAGACUGGUUUUUGUUCUAUUCUGGUUUUUUUUGUUUGUUUGUUUGUUUUUGUUUUCUUUUUUGUUUUAUGGAAACUGUAGGUGCCGUUCUCAGGUGAAAAGAGAGAGAGAGAGACAGAAAUUUAGAGAAAAAAAAUAUUUUCUGAUCUUGGAUUUCUGUGUGCGUGUGUGUGAGUGUGUGUGUGUGUGUGUGUGUGUGUGUGUGUGUGUGUGUGUGUGUGUGAUUAUGGUACAUUAGAUGCAUUCCUAUUAGGGAAUAAUGUCCGGCCAUUGUGAGCAACACCCCCCAUGUGGGACAGCAUUCCACCCCUCCUGAGCAAGCGGGCUUAGAAGCAACCUUAACCUUGAUUUUGCACUUCCAGGGGCAAUGGAACUAAGUGUAAAGUUCGGAAACUAUAUUUUUCAGUUUCUAGUAUGCUCAUUAUAGGGUGGACCUGGUGACCCUGUGUCACGGGCAUGUACAUGACAGACAUGGAAACUACCAGCCAAAUGCUUCUGGAGGCUCCUUCUCCCUGGACAAUUUGCUUUUUCUGACGUUUGCUUCUUAGUGAUCCGUGUGUGUAUGCCUGUGUGCGUGUGUUUGUUUUUCCUGUCAAAACUUUUGAGCAAAGCAAUCAACGGUCUUGACUGAACCCGUUUGCCAUUUUUCAGAAAUAACGGAAUUAGCUUAUGCCUCCAUUGUUCCGACCUUUCCUGACGGGGAAACAGAACUGAUGGUUUUGUAAGAUUUUUUUCUUUUUAUCUCUCCACUCGACGAGGUUAGAGACUGUUUACGUUUCACAAGUGUGGGCCAUGCAUAUUUGACGCCCCCAAGGACCAGGAUUUGGUUAAAUUUCACUGCCACGCCACAAAAUGGAGUCCCUCUUGAUGAACACAGAGACCCCCUUAACCAGUGUUGUGGUCCUUCACCGUAAGUCGAGCCUGCUAAAGAUCAAUUGCUACAGCCAGCAGAGUGCAGGCUCAGAGCAAUAACCAAGAGUGACCGGACCAGUGGUUCUAAUCGCCAACCACAAGGCCAAGACAGUGGUAGACAGAAGACUGUAGCAUCACACCAGGUCCCUCACGAUUGUGUUUAAGAGAGCAAGCGACCCCAGCCAGGGGUUAGAAGUGUUCCGGUAUUCUGUCCAUUCUUGUUUUGCCAAAUACCACCCCCAAGUUUGAUUUUCAUACAUGAAUAAGCAAAAAAUAGGAAGAAGAGAAAAACUUCUCUUCUCUUCUCAGAAGGCCUUGCUUUGGGGUCUUGCUUAGAGGAGCUCAACAUACCUGCAUGUCAGAGGUUUUCUGUUCACGGGAUUUUUGGGUUUUUUGUUUUUGUUUUUGUUUUCUUAUGACUGUAUUUUCAUUUGAAUUGCCUCCUUUUGCUAGUGUAAAAUUAUGAUUAAAUAAUGAUAAUAAUAAUAGUAAUAAUAAUAGUCAGCUGUUUCCAGAUUAGUAAAUUAUGUAUAAUUUAUUUUAUUUCUCCCUAUUUUAUUCUGCUUUGGAUUUGGAAGCUGUUAGGUAUUUAAAACUAAUUUCUAUUUCUAGCUCACACACACACACACACACACACACACACACACACACAGGACUACAUGUGUGUAUAGACACACCUAGACACAUAUGUCUGUAUGUGUGUAUACACACAGACACUUGCUUCUCUAUCCAUAACUCCUUCUGUGUUAACAGUUUUGACCCCCAUAGCAUCAGUUCUGGUAUUUAAUAUGAAGGGGUGAAUUAGUAGGAAUGUCGUGUUCAAUCUUCAUUAACUUAUGCUCUUUCCUCUCAUUUUAGUUAUUUAAUUACCAAUUAUCUAGAGCCAAUUUUUUUGUUUUUGUUUUGUUUCAAAGCACUCUGAAUAAGAAGAAAAAAAUAGACACUUGUUUUUAUACCGUUAUAACGUACAAUGUGAAAACAGAGUUAUUAAAAAAAUAAUAUGUUUCUCUGUGUCUUAACCAACUUCUCCUGACUGAUGUGGGUUCUCCACUCUCACGUGCUGGGUCCCUGUCUCACAGCACAGUUGAGACAACUUCGGUUUUCAUUUCCUGACCGUGGGCGGCAAGAAUACUUUGUUUCAGCUCCAGGUAGAUUGCUGCUGACAGCAUCCAAGGCCAAAACCCAACCCAACACAGCAGUGAAUCAGAGAGAACUCCCUCUUUGGUUUGCUUUUGGUUUAUCUGAAGGGAGAAUGAAACUCUUCACGGUGACCUGUAGCUGCCCAAACCCUCCAGUUUCUUUGAGUUUAUGUCCGUAACUGAACUGUGCCCAGACAAAACCACAAGGCAAGCCCAUCACAGCAUGCCUUUCUUUGUCCCGACAUUUUCCUCAGUGGAUGUUGGCUUUGUUUUAUCCAAGAGUUUGCCCUAGGGGACAACACAAAAGCAAAAGUGAUUCUGCUCGAGGCUAAAGCCCACGUAAGUCACUUGGGGGGGAGGAGCUUUGAAUGGUGACUCUAACAACAUAAUGCCUUGGGUCCAUUGCUUGGGCGAUGAUUUCUGUAAAGGAUCUUAUAGCUUUACAUUCUUUCUAUGUCACACGAAAGCCAAGUAAGACAUGGUAGAGGGAAUGAGAUAAAGUGGAAAGGCAAACCUCAGCCAAUAGCCCCUCCCCCUUCUUCCCUCUCCCUGGCUUGUGGCUGUAAGCCACGCCCAUCUGUCUUUCUGCCCCCACCCCAUCUUCCCUUCCACACACAUUUAUACCAAAACUGAAGAGUAACAUUGCCAAUUUCUUCUUUUUCUAUUUGUUAUCGGGACCCCUGAAACUAGUCACGUUUGAUAGAAAUCUAAGAAAAACAUUCAGUGGAGAAGGAGGUUGGAGUUCUUUGUAAGUCAAUAAUAAUUUGGCUAGCUGUUACAAACAGAAAGUCGCACACACUUCUGUGUAAUUUUUACUCAAAUCAGUCAAGUGGACUCUGAAAGUUCAUUCGUUUCUAGCUAAGAUUCGCCUUUUUGUAAAACCCUUCCCACUGGACAUCAGUAUCAUGGUUGGAACCAAAUCUCCCCAUAGGGGAUGAAGAUCAGAGAGUAAAGUUUCCUACAAUGAGACCGCUCAGUAUGUUUAACUUCUAAAGGACAGUUUACCUUAGUCUGCUUGAGGGAAAUUAUGUUCACCAUUUUGUGGUGUGUUUUCAGAUAUUUCCGUAACGCGGGGGUCGGACGGUGUCCUCGGAAGAAUUUUCCUCUGUCUCACUUAAAAACUUAAGGGAUAGCUAUACAGUCUUUACUCUGAAGGGUAAAUUAUUGAAUUGUGAUAACUGUAUAUUUACAGACAGGUUUAUAAAAAUAUUUGUCUAUCAAAUUAAUAGUGAAAUAAAACUUUUAUGAGGUUCGCAAGGAAGAAAUACGAAAGCUACUUAAAGUGGCGGAUCUAUCUCAUUGCCUCUUAGGGCAAAGACAUUUCUUUAAGCCAGGUUGACACAGUAUUUAAUUUUGCAGUCCCACAGGUUGAAGGUAACAUGCUGAGUUUCCUACUGACGGUCCCUGUCCUCCCCCCAGUGUCUGUCACUGGUCCACUAAAGGCAGUAUUUAUUCAGGCUCCCCUGGCUCUAAAGCACUUAGUCCUCCUGACAGUUUGGAUUUCACAAGUGAAAAAGUUUUGUUUUGUUUUAUUUUGUUAUUUUUUAAAUGAUUUAAAUAAAAAAAAAUAGAAGAGACAAUCAAUGCCUGGAGCUUAAAACAAAGUCUGUGCAAACUACCAUCUCACUUGAAAUUUAAUAAAAUAAGAAAUCGUGUAAAUAUAACAUAGAGUUAUAGAUUUCUAUUUUGUUCAUAACAUAGUGUAAUAUAAGUUGUAUAUUUUCAUGUUUUUUGGGUUUUAUGUUAUCAUUCAUGCCACAAUGAGAAUAAAGCAGGAGUUUGUGUACUCUUGGGAAAAAGAAAAAGACAAAAAAAUAAGAUGUGGGUUUCCGCCAACCUGGUUUUUUUUUGUUUUGUUUUCGUUUUUUUUUUUUUUUUGUUUUGUUUUGUUUUGUUUUGCUUUUCUGUUCUUGUUUUCAUUUUGUCUUGUUUGUUUGGCCUUCCCCCUUUCAGUAUUACUGCCGUGCAAGGCAUCAAUAAAACAGCAAAUGUGUUCUUUA